AAUCCCAUCUACUCGGGAGGCUGAGGUAUGAGAAUUGCUUGAACCCAGGAGGUGAAGGUUGCAGUGAGCCAAGAUCAUGCCCUUGCAAUCCAGCCUGGGCGACAGAGCAAGACUCAGAGCAAGACUCAGAACACAAAAGAAUGCAGGAGAGGUGCUCAGCACAAUGUUUAGCAUAUAGUAAACACUGAGAUAUGCUUGCUAUUGUCAUCACUUAUCCUUCAUUCAAAAGUAUUUAUUAAAUACUGGGUACUACAUAUUGUGGUGCACCAACAAGAUACAGUUCUUUCUCCUGAAGUUUCUUGUCAAGGAAUCAAGACAAAGCAGAAACAACAGUGGUGCAGUCAGUGCUGCACUCACAUUUACUGUCAGAAGAGGUCAAGGAAAGCUUUCCAGAGGAGGGAAGGUGCAAAGCUGAGCCUAGAAAGAUGAUUUGAAACAGAACAGUUAUGCAGGGGUGGUGGCAGUGUUACAAAAGAAACAAAACAGGAAUUUGCUGGGAGAAGUAGAUCUAAUGUUUCCUUUUAACUGCAUUUUGAUCUCUUUCUCCUGUCAUUGGAUACUUGGUUUCAUUCAUCCCUAGGCCACCACAUAAAAAAGUUGGGCAUUAUUAUUAACCCAUUAUUAAUUAUUAUUAACCCAUUUGAAUGUCCACUGUGUGUGAGGCACGGUAGCAACACAAAAGAUAUAUACCAUGCCUACCAAGUUCAGAAUGCAGGCGGUGCACAUGAUGUCAUCAAGAACAUCUGCAACUUGUGAGCAAAUAAAAUAACUGAUAGUUCUAGACUUUAUGGACACCCUAUAGAGAAGUAGAGGACAAAGUCCCUACUACCAAAAAUGUGCAUCAGAUUGAGGAGGCAAAUUUGCAAUAACUCAUGCCUAGUCUAUUUUAACAGCUGGACAAGUACCAAGCCCAGCAAGCCCUGGCCAGGUCCAAAGGACAGGCAUGCUGGAAGCCGGGGCAGGAAGAACGGGCUUCAUGGAGGAAGUAAACCUUAACCUGGGCCUCAGAGGGAAAGUAUUAUUAAAUAUGUCAGGAUGAAGGAAGUCACUUUGGGCAGAGCGGCUUCAAGAACAAAGGCUAGAAAGCAGGGAUUUGGAAGAUAUUCUGGAGAAUGAACAACUCCAUUGGCUAGAAAUAUGAGUUACAGAGGUGAAAAGUGGAAAUGGGUAGUAGAGAGCUCAGGGCCCAGUUAGGGGGUGGUGGCAGUGAUGGUGAGGAGGUGGAGUUAAUAUUUAAUUAUAUAGGAACUGGGAAUCUAUUAAAGGUUUUUGAGCAAGGGAGGGGUCUGUGUAAACUGGUUAUAUAUUGCAAAAUUAAUCUGGUUUGGAACAUAUUAAAUUAAUGGCAGGGUAUCUUGAUAGAACUGUGCAGGGACCAUUCAGAAUGUGUUAGUGGAAGUCAGGAGUGAGAUUAAGGGUAUAUAUUCAGGAUUUGGGAGUCACCAGGAUCCAGGAUGGAAGCGAUAGCAAAUGAGGGCUGUGAGAGACAGUAAAGAUAAAAAGGUUGUGGCUUACAAUUUGGGGAUGGUAAAAAUACCGGGGGAUUAGAAGGGAGGAAGAAUCUGAGUCAACAAAGACAAAAGGACUGCUACAGAGGAAUGAGAAAAACCAAGCCAAUGGUAGACCAAGAGCAAGGUGAUUAGAGGAUCAAGUGCUGUAGAAACUCUAGGGGCAGAAAGUCUAGGGGAAUGAUGGAUUUAAAAAUAAGGAUUUGAUUUGUAUACAUAGGCAUGACAAUAUAUAUAACUUUUUUUUUUGAAAAAUAAUGGCACCAAAAUCCACAUUUAUUUUUAUUACCUUUGGUGAACAAAACAUACGACAAUAGAUUCUGGAGGGUGGGAAGUUAAAGGAAGAUAUUUUCAGAAUCAAAGAGUCUUAGCUGUGUUUAUUGGGGUAGAGCCCCUGGAUGCAGAAACAUUUAGGGAUUGGGGAGAAAAAAGGGAUGAUGUUUGAAGGAGGCAGGAGGGGAGUGGACAGUGUCAGGAGGUUCAGCUCCUCCCCUGGAAUGGGGAACCCUGAAGAUUUGAAAUGGAUGUGGGAGCUCCAGACAGAUGGCUUCCAUGUUCCAAGUAAAGUACAACUUGAAGUACAUCGUGAUGGUGUUUGACAUUUAACAGAUGUCAUCCAUUCUCUGCAGAGUCACUCAGCAGCAUACCCCAUUGUAGACACCUCCUUAGGUUUGGAACACACUGUCUAUACAGGAUUUUGUAUCGAGGAUUUUGGUGUGUUCCUUAUUUCAUUUAUUUUUGUUUAACUUGUGGCAGACAAAUAUAGGUUAUCAAAAGAAAGGGACAAUGAGUAAGUACACACCAAACAAAACAAAACAAAACAAAACAAACAUCACAAGUCUUGACUCUUUUUUUUUUUUUUUUGUCAAAGAAACAACCCAUUGGUUGAUUUAAGUCGGUGGUAAAUCAGAAGGUUGAAAAUAAAUCACUUUCCUUCUCCGGGGUUCUUCCGGAUAGUUCAACUCUCUAAAUUCAGCUAAGAGAGUAUUUCUCAUGCUCAAAGAAAAGUGUCUUAAACUCUGAUGUUUUAAUGUAGUUAAAAAAAAAAAAAAAAAUCUUUGCUGAGGCCCAAGCUGAGGUCAAAAACUACCUCUAGCCACCUGGUGCUUUAUUUUUAUUUAUUAGAAGUCUCUGAUAAGACUGAUUUGAAUGUGAUUUAGGAAUAUCACAUUCUAAAUGGUCAGUUUGCCUAUUCCAUUAUAGAAAUGGCACUACAGGAAAAUUCAUCAUCACAGACCAUAGCAGAAGUGUUCUUUAGUUAAAUCUCUACCUAGUCAAACAGAAAGCCAGUAAGUAAACCAAAUAAAAAUAGUUCGCUGGGUUCAGAGUGGCAAGUUUUGCACGCAAAGAUAGUGAAAAUUGUAACCCUAACAAGAAUCCAAUACUGUUCUCAGACUCUCUUGGGUGUCCAGUGCUGCUGCAGUCCUUGGAAGGGUUUUAAACUGUUCAGAGCUUGCUGGUUAUCUUCAGCCAAGCCAGAGUGUGGGAGUGCAUUUUAGUGUAACCAUGCGGAACUGGUCGCUCCUUGAUUUUGUUCCGUAUGUUUCCAUUUGUGUAGGCUUUUUUCCCCCCUCAGUAUUUUGUUGCUUAUCCUUUAGGGCGAAAUUGUUUUUUCCUCGGCCAAUAAUCUGCUUCUUUAAAAAAAAAAAAAAAAAAAAAAAAAAAAAUUGGUUACCUAUUGCCUUUUUUUUCUGGUCUUCCUAAGUAAGCCAGAAGUCACAAGGUCGUUUACUAAUGGGAAACCAAGAAAAAGAAAAGGCACCUCAGCCGGCACAAGCCUCUCUAACUUGUGUGCCCUGAGGCUCAUCAGAUGCGAAGACCUGGCGACAAGAUAGGGUGGUCCGCAGUGGCUUCCUAAAGCGCAGAUCCAGGCCAGCUCCCAGCGUGGAAUCCGACCCAUGUACUUCGUCUCUCCACGUGGCAUCAGAUGCUCUGCUGGCUGUCACCGUGAACUCCAGCCCUCGCGGAGCGGACAGUGACCUGGCUGCUUCAGAGUUCGGAGGGGAAUAGCGUCUCCGUACCCUCGCCCCACCUGGGCUGCUCCUCGGACCGCCGCUCGUCCCAGACUCCAGGAGGCGCCACCAAGCCUCGCCAACCCCGCUCCCUAUCUCCGGGAGCCCUCAGCGGGUCAGCCGCGGCGACCGGAAGCUCCGGGCAGAGGUGCUGGUUCCGCCCGCGGCUCUUCCAGCCGAGACUCGGCCGCGGCGGUCGGAGCGGCUGCCACGCCGCACCUGCCCGCGAGGGGGCGCGCUGGGCCCAGGCCGCAGCCGACUGCCGCGCUCUCUGCCCCCGCCCUCCGUCGUCCCCAGACUGCGCUCACCUGUCUGGGCCGCUGGCCCAGGAGGCGGGGGCCGGCGGGAGCCAAGCCGAGGAAAGGGCGGAGCGGCUCUCCGGGCGCGUCAUCGGAGCACCAUGGCGGAGCUAGGAGCUGGCGGCGACGGCCACAGGGGCGGCGACGGCGCAGUACGGAGCGAAACAGCACCCGACAGCUAUAAAGUGCAAGAUAAGAAAAAUGCCUCCAACCGCCCUGCCUCUGCAAUUUCAGGACAAAAUAACCACCACUCAGGAAAUAAACCAGACCCUCCACCUGUGUUACGUGUUGAUGACCGGCAGCGGCUGGCCCGGGAGAGACGUGAGGAACGGGAGAAACAGCUAGCUGCAAGAGAAAUAGUGUGGUUAGAAAGAGAAGAGCGAGCGAGGCAGCACUACGAGAAGCACCUGGAAGAGCGGAAGAAGAAGUUGGAGGAGCAGAGGCAGAAGGAGGAGCGGAGGAGGGCUGCAGUGGAGGAGAAGCGGAGGCAGAGACUUGAGGAGGACAAAGAACGCCAUGAAGCUGUUGUACGGCGCACAAUGGAAAGGAGCCAGAAGCCAAAACAGAAGCAUAACCGUUGGUCGUGGGGAGGCUCUCUCCAUGGGAGCCCUAGCAUCCACAGUGCAGAUCCUGACAGGCGGUCAGUUUCCACCAUGAAUCUUUCGAAACAUGUUGAUCCCGUCAUUAGCAAGCGGCUCUCCUCCUCAUCUGCAACUUUACUAAAUUCUCCAGAUAGAGCUCGCCGCCUGCAGCUCAGCCCAUGGGAGAGCAGCGUUGUUAACAGACUCCUGACGCCCACACAUUCGUUCCUGGCCAGAAGUAAAAGCACAGCUGCCUUGUCUGGAGAAGCAGCAUCUUGCAGCCCCAUCAUCAUGCCCUACAAAGCUGCACACUCUAGAAAUUCGAUGGAUCGACCAAAACUCUUUGUAACACCACCUGAGGGCUCUUCUCGCAGGAGGACCAUUCAUGGCAUAGCGGGCUAUAAAAAAGAAAGAGAGAGAGAAAAUGUACCCUUCCUCACAUCUGGCACCCGAAGGGCUAUAUCUCCAUCUAAUCCCAAAGCAAGACCGCCAGCUCCCUCCCGACUUUGGCUUCCGUCCAAGUCUCUUCCUCAUUUGCCUGGCACACCCAGACCGACAUCCUCCUUGCCACCCGGCUCAGUCAAAGCUGCUCCUGCUCAGGUCCGGCCCCCAUCCCCUGGCAACAUCCGCCCUGUCAAGAGGGAAGUCAGAGUGGAGCCUGAGAAAAAAGACCCUGAGAAGGAACCUCAGAAAGUUGCCAAUGAGCCCUCACUAAAGGGAAGAGCACCUUUAGUGAAGGUAGAAGAAGCCAUAGUUGAAGAGGGGAAACCUGCUGAACCAGAAGCUGGCCCUGCUGCUCCAGCCACGGCCCCAGUUCCAGUCACGGCCCCAACUCCAGCCUCGGCCCCAGCUCCAGCCCCGGUCCCCACCCCAGCCAUGGUCUCAGUCCCAUCAUCCACUGUGAUUGCCAGUGCUUCUCCUAAGACUUCUGCAGGCACCACCAACCCAGAGGAGGCCACAAGGCUGCUAGCUGAGAAGAGGCGGCUGGCCCGAGAGCAGAGAGAAAAGGAAGAAAGGGAGAGGAGGGAGCAAGAAGAACUUGAAAGACAAAAGAGAGAGGAAUUCGCUCAACGGGUGGCUGAAGAGAGGACUCGCCGUGAGGAGGAGUCGCGCCGGCUGGAAGCCGAGCAGGCCCGGGAGAAGGAGGAGCAGCUGCUGCGGCAGACGGAGGAGCGGGCGCUGCGCGAGCGGGAGGAGGCGGAGCGCGCCCAGAGGCAGAAAGAAGAAGAAGCUCGCGUUCGUGAAGAAGCAGAGAGAGCCCGGCAAGAACGAGAGAAGCAUUUCCAGAGAGAAGAGCUGGAGCGCCUGGAGAGAAAGAAGCGACUUGAGGAGAUUAUGAAAAGAACCAGGAGGACAGAAGCUACAGAUAAGAAAACCAGUGAUCAGAGAAACGGCGAUAUAGCCAAGGGAACUCUCACUGGAGGAACAGAGGUAUCUGCACUUCCAUGUACGACAAACGCUCCGGGAAAUGGAGAGCCAGUAGGCAGCGCACCUGUGGUUACCUCACACCAAUCAAAAGUGACAGUGGAGAGCACUCCCGAUUUGGAAAAACAGCCAAAUGAAAAUGGAGUAUCUGUUCAGAAUGAAAAUUUUGAAGAAAUUAUAAACUUACCCAUUGGAUCUAAACCAUCCAAAUUAGAUGUCACCAAUAGUGAGAGCCCAGAAAUUCCUUUGAAUCCAAUUUUGGCCUUUGACGAUGAAGGGACACUUGGGCCCCUGCCUCAGGUAGAUGGUGUUCAGACACAACAGACUGCAGAAGUUAUAUGAGUAUUUCUUCUGAAGAACCAAAGCUGAAAUUUAAUGAGAAUUUCUACAAUUAAUGGAAUUCCUUUCAUGCUAUAAAGGAGCAUCCCCUCCGACAGUUUUCUAAAGAGUUCUUGACCAUCAUUUUGAAAAGAUUUAUUAAAACUAGCUAAAGACAACAGACUGGAUAGCUUUUCUAAUCAUUUUCAUCAAUAGGAAAAAAGAAAUACGUCUCAUUCUUCAAUACUUUAAAAUGGCUUUUUCCAGUGUGCUCCUUCUUAGCAAUCAAUAUUUUUCUGCAUUCUUUGAAAGACAAGAGAAUUUGGUUAUAAAAGAAAUGGGCUGACUAGGCAUGUUUUUUUGGUCUUAAAAGCUUAACAUGUAAAAUUGGCAAAAAAAUUUUUACCUUUUAUAAUACUUGAAAAAUAAGUACCUCUUUGCUCUACAAGUAGAAUGAAUAGGGGAAGAGUUUAAACCUGUUUAAAUAUUAUUGCAAAGAGCUCUAUUUGUAGAAGCAAAUUAUAGGCAGAUUACCAGGUUCUUAUAAAUACAACUUGUACAUGGACAUUCUGCAAACCCAGCUGUCACGUUUUUCUUGCAACUCCUUUUGCAAAAGCAGACUGAAAUGUUUUAAAAUGUGAAAAAGCAUUAUUUUUUCAAAGCAAAAUAAUUUACUGCCCUCUUACAUAAUGUAUUUAUAAAGUUUUUCCAGAUAAACUAUUCAAAUCAAUUAGAACAAUGUGACAACAUUACAAAUUUAAUUUGUUAGCUGCAUUCCUUCUGAUGUUACCACGAGAGAAUGUUACUGAUGAUUCAGGGCUAUCUCUGAAGUCUGUAUGUUGCUGCUGUCCCCAGUGAUGGUGGACUUAUCUUUGCCUUACCUGAUCACAAAUUAUGUUGGGGAAAAUAAAGAUUUAACAUUUCUUUAAAUAGAAAAAGAAUUUGGUUUUGCUCGUUUAAGAGCAAUGAGAAAAUGACGGAGUGUUGACUGUGUUUGGCACACAGGACACGGACCUUCAUGGAAGUCCUUGCUCUGCGUGGCAUCUGUCAGCUUUUCACCUUUCAUUCUUCUUCUUCACUUUUGCUGCUGAGCCUAGCUGUACAAACUUGCACUUUCAUUUGCUAAUAUAAAUUCAAUUUUAUUUUACCAUUUUAGAGACUACUAAUGAUUAAAUGUAGAAGGAGAGGGUGCACAUGUUUUUAUGUGGAGUGUUAAAAAAGAUAAAUUUAUACCACAGUAACGUGCAGCUUUUAUGAAGAGAGAAAUUGGUUAAACUGCUAGGUUGAAUGAGAGACUUCAUCCAUUGGACUAUUUGUUUUAAUCCAGGCAUAUGGUCUUUAGUAACAGCUUAUAAUUUGUUAAAACAUUAAUUUGGGGGUUUUCCCUAUUUUCAGUUGUCCAUGUACACAGUCAUUAUAUUAAAAAAGAAAUCUGUUCAACAAAGUUGUUUAAUUUGUUUAAAUCAACAUAGCAUGAAACACCAAAUAAAAUGUUUGACACAAUUUU